CAUUCGCUCUUCGCAGUUCUUAGCUCGCAAAAUGUUGAAGUUCGGAACCUAUUUUUUAUACGUCUUUUUCAUCUAUAACCAGUACGGAAUGGCUGAAUCCCAGGAAAAUAGGGAUUCUGUGGGUGUCCUAAAAGAUCCGGAAUCACAGCGGCCGUUAUACGAAAAAUUUUUUCGCCGCCAGCAAGAAAUUGACUAUAUAAAUUUCUUUUUAAAUACAAAAUUGGAGGCCAUUCAAAAAGAAACCCUGGAGAAGCUGGACGAAAUGAAAAGGGAAACAUUGGUGAUUCUAAGGGCUAAUACGGACAGAAUCCAAAAAGACGGGCGAUGUGUUGUCAGUGACGCCCCAAAUCAAUGUGGGGCAUUCUGCCUGGCCGCCCAGAGACCACUCUUCGAUCACAAUCGCAAGGUUCAGCAGCAACUGAAUGCCCUUUCUGCAAAACUUAAUGAAACCCUAACCAAGGUGGGCAGUGUUCGAAAAGAAAGCGAAGAGAAUGUGGAUACAAUUGACAGCCAAAACAAAAAUGAACUGGAUAUCCCACCUGGUUUCAAGAAGAUGAGAAAUAGAUAUUAUUAUAUCGACCAUGUUAAACGAAAUUGGACUGAAGCUAGGGAAGCCUGUCAUAAAAGAGGAGGCUAUCUAGCUGUGUUUCAAAAUUACGAAGAGUUGUACAGCAUCUUAGAAAACCUUACCAAUCAAUAUUACUGGCUGGGGAUAAGCAAGAGCAAUAAAAACGGCGAAUAUGUAUCAGAUGCUACCGGAAAGCCUGCAGAAUUUUUACAUUUCCACCCAAUUAAUACCAACAUUCCGAAGAUCCCCACAUGCGUUGCCAUUUCCUACGUAAGAUGGUUCGAAGGGUUGUGCUCUGAUAGAUUUUUUUCAAUCUGUCAGUGGGACGACACAAUUUAGUUUAAACCAAACAAAAUAAUAUCGGAAUUUAAUAGUCAAAUUAGACCAUACAAUGAAUUCCAGACUAACAAAGGGCAUCCUUUGUUUUGAAAACGAACAAAUGAAUGAAUGAGUGACCCAAGCCGGAAAAAAAAUAAAAAGAGACGACCAGAGAAGAGAAGAAAGAGAGGAAGCUAGCGAAUAGCCGGCUAAGUUUAAUAUGAAUUAUUAUGUGCAGAAAAGUUUUAUGAUGCAGCUAAACCUGGUUAGAGACCUUUGUUAAGGUGGCAAUAAAGCACACACAGCGAAACUAAAUUAGUUCUUAAGUCUAUGGCUCGAAUACCCUUCUAAGUGCGUGGAAUAAUCAUCAAUUUGUUGAGCUAUUUGUGUUUCUAAUUCUAAUAUUUCGAAGGAUUUAAAUGUAAUAAUGAUACAAAAUGUAAUUAGCAAUAAUAAAAAUGCAAGUGUAAGUUUGUUUGGGAAUGCA